AUGUAUCGCCAAGUUCUGGUGCAUCCCGAUGACGUUCCACUGCAGCGUGUGAUUGGGCGUUUUUCCAAUGAUGUUCCUGCUCAAACGUACGAACUGCUUACUGUCACAUAUGGCUUAGCUCCGUCAGCAUACCUCGCUACACGUACGUUGAAUCAAUUAGCCGAAGAUGAAGGCCACAAUUACCCAUUGGGAGCCCGUGCCUUGAAGGAAAACUUCUACGUUGACGAUUUCAUCGGUGGGGCCCAAACGACUGAUGAAGCACUGCGUCUGCGAGAAGAAUUGAGUCAACUCUUAAGGAAAGGUGGUUUCAGUCUACGAAAAUGGUCUACAAAUCAGCUACAAGUAUUGCAUGGACUGAACGAUGAUGACAUCGGGACACAAUCGAUGCUAAAUUUCAGCCCAAACGAAACGGUAAAAACGCUGGGAAUUAUGUGGGAACCAGAAGCAGAUGUGCUGCGCUUCGAUUCGCAACUAGAAACCAAUGUCGAAAUGUCAACUAAACGAUCCAUUCUCUCAACCAUCGCCAAAUUGUUCGACCCGUUAGGAUUAAUCUCACCAAUAGUCGUGCGAGCAAAAAUAUUGAUGCAAGAACUUUGGCUAUUGUCUUGCGAUUGGGAUGACCCUGUUCCCAAAAGUAUUUUAGAAAAAUGGGAAAAAUAUCAACGAGAUUUGCCUCUUAUUUCCACGUAUCGUAUCAAACGCUGUGCAUUUCUCCCGAAUUCUGUCCUUCAAUUACACACCUUUGCUGAUGCAUCAGAAACUGCAUACGGUGCAUGCACAUACAUUCGUUGUGAAGACGCUGAAGGAAAAGUCAAGGAUCAGCUGCUGGGCUCCAAAUCAAAGGUAGCUCCACUCAAACGCUUAACAAUUCCCCGCUUGGAACUCUGCGCCGCUGUUCUCGCUGCUCAACUUCACCAGCGUAUAAAACAAGCCAUUAACAUUAAUGUAUCCACUUCAUACUUUUGGUCAGAUUCCACCGUCACUUUGCAGUGGUUGAAAUCACCUCCAAACACCUGGAAAACGUUUGUGGCCAACCGAGUCUCACACAUGGGUGUCACUGGAAAUACGUUUCAGGCCAAGAGAAUCCAGCAGAUUUAG